GCCUAAAGGGAGCAUAUAUAAAGUAAAUAGUAUUGGUCCAAGUACAGAACCUUGUGGAACUCCAUGACUAACUUUAGUAUUUAUGGAGGAUUCAUCGUUAACAUGUACAAACUGAGAACGAUCUGAUAAGUAUGACUUAAACCAGGUUAGGGCAGUUCCUUUAAUGCCAGUUUGAUGCUCAAGUCUCUGUAAAAGAAUAUCAUGGUCAGUGGUGUCAAAUGCAGCACUAAGAUCUAAUAAUACAAGUACAGAGACAAGUCCAUUGUCAGAAGCAGUCAGAAGGUCAUUAUUAACUUUAACCAGAGCUGUCUCUGUGCUAUGAUGAACUCUAAAUCCUGACUGAAAAUCCUCAAAUAAACUAUUGUUAUGUAGAAAGUCACACAACUCUUUGGCGACUACUUUCUCCAGAAUCUUAGAGAGGAAGGGGAGGUUAGAAAUCGGUCUAUAGUUGGCUAAAACCCCUGGGUCAAGAGUGGACUUUUUAAGAAGGGGUUUAAUUACAGCUACUUUAAAGGACUGUGGUACAUAUCCUGAUAAUAAAGAAAGAUUAAUCAUAUCCAGUAAAGAAGUGCCAAUUAAGGGAACAACUUCUUUAAGCAGCCUAGUUGGGAUCGGGUCUAAUAGACAGGUUGAUGGCUUCGAUGAAGAAAUGAUUGAAGUUAACUGAUGAAGAUCGAUAGCAGAAAAACAGUCUAAAUAUACAUCUAAGUUUACAUUGACAGAAGUCCCUGAACUUGGAGAGCCACUGAUAACUGUUGAUGGCAGUUGGUGAUUAAUUUUUUCUCUAAUAGUAAUAAUUUUAUUAUAGAAGAAGCUCAUGAAGUCAUUGCUACUUAAGUUUAUGGGGAUAUGUGGCUCGAUAGAGCUGUGAUUAGACUUAUUAUUAUUUAAUAGGCUUUGCUAUGCAGUCAAAUUAAUGUGGGCUUAUUUUUUUCAUACUAAGAAAUAAUAGCACCAACUAGUUUUAGAAUAAAAAUAUUGAAAGUUGCACCUUUUUUUUUUCUUCCCCCAUUGUGGCACCCCCUAGAUGGACGGCUCCCUUAGCAUUUGCCUAUACUGCCUAUGCCACGGGCCGGCACUGGUUUGCUGCUUCCAGACAUGAAAUACCCACAGUACUUUGUUAUGACUGAUUGAUUGAUAAGAGAAGUAAAGUACUUCUGGCAGCAGCAGUGGUUUUCUGUCGUAGCAGAAAUAUAACUCAUUAAGGCCCCAUUACAGUGAGAGAGCUCAUGUUAAGUAUAGGAAUACAUUUUCUACCAGAAAAAAUUACUUUUGGUAAUAAAUGUCAGAUUCAAACUAAUUAAAUGUGGUUAAACAGUCAUCAGAGUCAAGAUUGGGGAUGACAUACUCGACGAUUUGCCGAGGGAUCAGGUGAAGAGAGAGGGGAAAUUAAUGUGAGAGUUGAAUAUAUGCAGAGGAGAGUGGGAAGACUGGAUCAGGAUUGCUCCUGUUUUUCAAUUUGAACCACUUUUUGAGAUAAAAUAUAAGAUGCACUCUCCAAAUAUAAUAUUGAUGUAUGUAUAUAUAUGUAUAUAACAGACUCAGUGACACACACGGAAUACAGAAUACAGAAUUCAGUAUGGAAUGAUCCUGGGUUCUUUGGUUCCAUUCUAGAUGUCCCUGUACUAACUGUAGAACCCUGCACCAGUCAGUCACAUAUCGAUCUGAUCUGAGAGACAGUCAGUGUGAAAACAAAGUUGUUUCCUUGUGUGAACAAUUUAGUAGUGUUAUUCUCAAAGUUAUGGAUAAGCAAAAGAAAUUGAACGUCUUCCCUCGACUCUGGAAGCAGACCCAGUGUGACGACGGUGAUCAAACUGUAAGCCGGAAGAACCCUGAUGGCUUCUUCACCAGCGAGUCCAAGAUCCUGGAGAUGCAGAAGGCUGCGUUAAGUCAAGGCACAGACAGUCUGUUUGCUGCACGGCAAGCCCGAAGUAAAGCUGUUCUGGAGAGACUGGGACUCUCCGUUCAGGAUGUCGCCCGGCAUUCACUUCAUCCGCCACCUGUUCCCAGACAAAGUGCAAAGUCCCCUCGGCAAUCCCUGCACUAUCGGCAAGGAAGGAGGUUCUGCCCCAUUUUAGAUGGGCCUGUCUUGGUUGUAAAGGACAUCAACCCAAAGCAGAAGAGUCCUGACCAUUCAAAAGGGGACAAGGUUCAUCUUGGCAGUCAGGUGGCAGCACGGGCAUGUAAGGAGGACCAGAUGGUAGACGGUGACCGGAGCCCAACAUCUUCCGUCACUUCUGUGUGGAGCUCUGUGGAAAGUGACACACCCAGAGAGCUGAGGGCCAUUUCUCUGAUUGGAAACCCUGUUGAGAUUCCAACAUUAAAGCCAACUCCUCCUCCUGAAGCAGUUCCACUACACAGGACUAGAGUGUCUCGUCUGCCCGUGUUGUCUACUAAACUCAGAGUAGCAGAAAAGAAGGUCGAUGGAUGUAAGCUCCAGUCGGUUCAGAAUCAUGUUAAGGCUACAGUGAACUUCUGGCUCAACUCUGUCCCUUCACCUCGACCUCCAGCGGCUGCCAAGAGGACCCCUGUAGUAACGCCUUUGGCCCCAAUCCCUCCAGCCGUUUCUCAAACUAAAAGAAGAGUAACUAGACCUGGGAUGUUGCUACGCCCUGCAAAAGCUGUCAGUGAAGCCAGCAAGAAGACAGCCAGUGACUGCAGGCCCCAGACGGCAAAUAAAAAAAAGGUUGAGCUGCAGCCACUGACCAACCCUCUGCAAAGCCUGUCACUCUUCUUCCAGCAGCUCUCUUCAGACGACUGGAUGAAGAAAAUAAACGGCUUGAAAACGAUGCAAGCUCUGGUGCAGCACCACUCAGAGACCUUGAAGACCAAACUUCAUGAAGUGUGUCUGGUUCUCACUCAGGAGGUGAAAAACCUACGGUCGGCAGUGUCAUGUGCAGCUAUGAACACCGUAGCUCAGCUUCAUGUUCACUUGCAGAAGGCCAUGGACCCGGAGGCAGAGAGGACAGGUCGAGCUCUGCUGUUGAAACUGGCGCAGACCACCAACACCUUUAUUCAUCAGCAGGCUAAUCUAGCACUCGAUGCCAUGGUGCAAAACUGCAGCCAUGGUCGGGUUGUGAGCGCUCUGUUGAACGCAGGACUGAGCCACCGUUGUGUUGCAGUAAGACGGAGCACAGCACAACACCUGCACCUGUUGGCUGACAGCCUAGGAGCGGCUCACAUUGUGACAGCAGGGAGGACCUUUACUGCGCGCUUCCUUACUGCUGUCUCCAAAAUGUCCGUGGAUGCUGCUCCGGAAGUAAGGCAACAUGGACAAACGAUGCUCCAUGACCUUGCCCUCCACAAGGACUUUACAAACCUGUGGAAAAAGAUUGUCCCGGAGAGAGAAAGGCGGGCGCUGGACAAGAUCUUAAAGAAGGCCAACUGAAAGACCUUGAUUAUUGUUAUUGUUAUUGUUAACCCUUCUGUUAUGUCAAAUGGAGACUAAAAGGGGUCAGACGUGUCAUAUAUUAUUUGUUUCUUUGCUACUGUGAGACAUAUUUCACCCAAAUCACACACACACACACACACACACACCUCUCCCUAUUUUCUUGACCCCAUCUGUAAAGUGCGAGAAUGCAGGUGUGGUUACAGCAAAAAGUCACUUUUAAAUGUGUUACUUGGAGGAAUAGGAAUAGCAGUUUCUUCAUUUUGUUCAUCAUCAAAAUCACCAGACUCAGAAUUGACCUCAAAAUGGUCUUCAUCUUCUUCUGUUUCACUGUCGUGAUCAAAGAUGAGUUUCAGAGUUUGCCCACGGAAACAGAAGAGAUUCAGCCUCUGAUGAUUCUGAUGAUGAACAAAAUGCAUAAACUGAUAUUCCUAUUCCUCCAAGUAACACAUUCAAAAGUGACUUUAUGCUGGAACCACACCGGCAUUCUCCACUUUACAGAUGGGGUCAAGAGAAUAGGGAGCGUGUGUGUUUGUGUGGGUGUGUGGGUGUGUGAUUGGGGUGAAAUGUGUCUCACAGUUGCAAAGAAACAAAUAGUAUAUGACACUUCUGACCCCUAUGAGCCUCCACUUUGACUGCCGGGUCAAAUUGAGCCGAACAGUGUAUAUGUUAUAUAAACAGGGUUGCAAAUAUAUGAAAUAAACCAUUUUCAUUUUA